AUGACUGACCCCUACGGUUCAAUAAUAGCAGCAACAAUUGCGACAAUUUUUUGUUAUCGGAGAGUGAGGAUAAGGCCACGUUCUCCACUCAAUUACAAUCCAGACGAUCCAUCCACAUUCCCCGUUGAAGAGAAGAAAAAAGCGGAAGUAAAGGAGAUAAAGGAGAAGAGGGAGAAGAGGGAGAAAAAGAGCGGUCGGAAAGAAGCGAAAAAUAAGUCCAAAGAGACCGAUAAGGCUCCGGUGGUUGGUAUGAGGACUACACCCGAAGCUGGGGGAACACCUGCGGAAGGGUCUGAUGCAGACAGAAGAGAAGCAGAUGAUCUGGAAACUGUCAAUAUGAUGAAGAGCGCAUGGGGCGAAGUGCAAGAGCAAAACAAGGCGACAGACAGUCGAAUGAAAUCAGUCGAUCAGUAA